UGGUGGACGCCCACAAGCCUCAUCUCGGUGGAACCCUCUCCUUCUCUUGUUUACGUCUGCAACUGACUCAUCUUUUGACCCAUAUCUUGCAUCCUUGUAUUUCCUAUUUCUUCUCCUUCUCCUCCUCCUUCUUCAUGCAACAAGUGAUGAAGCUAUUUUUUUCCAGAUCCCAUGAGUCAAGAUGUGGGUGAACUCACUCAAGAGCACAGAUUCAAGACCAAAGUUGAUCAGAAGAAGAUGCAGAGUGACACACUGAGGAUUUGAUAAAGCGAUGAACUCUCAGCCAGAGAGGACAUCUUUCUGCAGAGUGGACUCUCUCCAGGAAGUGGCCAAAGAUAUGACAGAACAUAGUGUCACCAGGCAGUUCAGUCCCACCAUCCAAGGAUAUCUCUGUUUUGCCACAGUUUCUCUCGCUUUGUGUCUUCUUGCAACUUUGGGGAUAAUUGUGGUCUUGGUGCUCCAACGGACGGGAUCGACAGCCCAGUGUGAGGGACAUCCAAGAGCAGAAAUGCAAGAAGAUGUCUCAAAGACUAUGGCAUCUGAGAAAGCAGUUGCAUAUCUUCAAGUGUUACGGCCAAUCAACCAGACACGACUGAAAUGGCAUAAAGAAGGGAUUCUCUACAACUUCCACUAUGACAAUGGAAAUUUGGUGGUCCAGAAACCCGGCAUCUAUUUCAUAUUUUGCCAGUUGCAAUUUUACUUUCCCGAUUGUGGAAACACCACGGAAGACCUCAAGCUGAGCCUUAAUGUGAACGGAAACACCAUGAAGGACACCAUUCUCACGUUGUGCAGUUCCCAUAAGACGUCUGAAGGAAUCAGCCAUGACAUCUCCUCGACACUUUUGGUAGAACUGAAGACAGGGGAUCGGUUCGGAGUGGACGUUGACCCAUUCAGCUACUUGGAUGCAGACACUCUCCCCUCAAGCAAUGUUUUGGGUGCUUUCAAGUACCUUGGUGAAGACUGGAAAUGCCCUUUCCUUGGGACAAUAACUGGACAAUGCCUUUAAUUAACAUUAUGAGGAUCUAGCAUUUAAUUGACGAAGUCCUAUUGAUAGCGAGCUAGAAUUUGGAGGCUCCUGCAUAGGAGAGAGGAGCCCUUAGACCCACCAAAGAGAGUCCGAAACCCUUGGCAAGCGAAAGAGGAGAAAGGCCCAGAAUUUUCCCUGAUUUUUCCCAAAUAAAUCUCACCAAGGUUGAAGAAAAGCCAUCAAGGUUUAUUUAGCAAUCCAGCUGAAAAAGAUGCAAAGCUGCAAUCAUUCGCCAGCAGAGCAUAAAGAAAUACAUUUGAUACAGCCAUAUUUAUAGUAAAUUCAAAGUUGCAGAGUUCAAACUUCCCGCCCUGGCCUCCCUGCUGUCCUCCACUGGGCAAAUGGGCAAACAGCUGGGAGGUGGCCCUCCCGCCCCCGGCGCCUUCAGACCAAUCAGGAAGCUCCAGCGGUCUGUAGGAUCCAAUGGGGAAGCUCCUGUUGCCUAGCAGCAGCAGCAAAUCAGGAGAGAGGAAGGCGGGAUAAUAGAACACAAAGGAAUCUAUGAAUUAAGUCUGAAAAAAUGCCAUGUGGCCUGCGAGACAAAGGGGGAGUCUCAAGCAAGCCUGAUCUAUUGUGCUUUGAUUGGAAUGAAUCAACAUGUGUAAAGGAAAGUCUGGAUUUUACUAGCCAGCAAACAGUACAAUGAGGGCGAAACUGGGGUGAAUGUUCCUUAGUGGGAAGUUAGUUAAAUCAACCAGUGCGAAGGUGGGGGCUUUUCGAGGGUCCCCUGACCUCCAGGUAGAAAAAUGAUUAGGGGUCUGCCAGGGGGCAAACAGCAUUGUUGGGCAAUCCUCCGAGAACAAAGCUGCCUGCCAGUUUAUUUUUCAUGCAAAGGAAAUUGUGGAUUGGGGUCUUUGGAAUGUCUGGAGCUCUGCAGUUUCCUGGGGGGAUCUCUUCAUAAGGAAAGGGAAGGGGGAAAAAAGGUCAAGGGGAAAGCCUCAGCCACAAGGAAAAUCAUGCAUAAAUGUGUGUGUCCUUGGAAGGGAAUGAAAAAGGUCAAGGGAAGGCCAC